CGAAUUGCAUCCCACUCCUCUUAACACACGCACACGCAGAGAGAGAGAGAGAGAGAGAGAGAGAGAGAUGAGGAAGAGGAAGUCAUGCCCGAGAGUAACAGGGAAGAGAACAUCAAAGGAAAUAGCAGAAAGACUAAAUCCGAGGGAAGAAAAUGGAGAUGAAAACGAAGAAGAGAAAAACAAACAAGGAAAAGGGUUUUACGCUUGCUAUCUCUUGACUUCCCUCUGCCCUCGCUUCAAAGGCCAUACCUAUAUAGGAUUUACAGUGAAUCCACGGCGUCGUAUUAGGCAACACAAUGGUGAAAUCAGAAGUGGAGCUUUUAGAACCAAGAAAAGGCGACCUUGGGAAAUGGUCUUCUGCAUUUUUGGUUUCCCAACUAAUGUAUCUGCUCUCCAGUUUGAAUGGGCAUGGCAGCAUCCAACAGAAUCAGUAGCUGUCAGGCAAGCAGCUGCAACUUUUAAAUCAUUCUCAGGGGUAGCUAAUAAGAUUAAACUUGCAUACACAAUGCUUAACCUUCCAGCUUGGCGGAGCUUGAACAUUACCGUGAACUAUUUCUCAACAAAAUACACAAAGCAUUCUGCUGCUUGCCCAAGCUUGCCAGAGCACAUGAAGGUCCAGGUUUGCCCCAUUGAUGAGCUUCCUUGUUAUACUGAAACAGAUGAGACUUUGUUGGAAUUCACGGAUGCUGAAUAUGUAUUUGAUGACAAGGAAGAAUAUGAUAACGCUGCCAAUAUUAAUGGCACUGUAGAAGCGAACAUGACAGAGAUCCAAUCUCACUCCAUGGAUGGGUUUCCAUGCUAUCAUAAAGGGGAGGAAAGUUCUGGCAGCAAAGAUAGCAAUGUUGAACAAUGCAAUGAAGGUGACAAUACAAGUGAGGCUGUAAAAGAAACGUGUGCAGACACAACAGUUCAUAUUUGUUUGGAUAUUGCACAUAACAUUGAUGAGAAUUCUUAUGAAAAAUUUGGUUGGUUUAAAGAGUAUGGCAAGAGAGAGCAAACUGUGAAGAAUAUUUUUGCAGAUUAUCCUCCUACUGCAGAAGUUGAUCAUGCACUAGUGGGUUCGGCAUCAUCCCCUUUUACUGACUUUUCUGAUGAUGGAUUAACAUCGAUGAAUAAGAACAUUUCUGAUUUGGAUUGGUUGAAUGGGAAAAGAUUUAGAGAGGAAUCUGAUAAAGAUCCACAUCCGAUUCACAAUUAUACUUCCCCACAAGAAAUUGAGGUUAUAGAUUUGUUAUCCCCAUCUUCAGGAUUCAAAAUUAGGUCAAGCAUAAAGAAGAGAAGAAUAUCUACUGUUUGUCCAGAGAUAAUUGACUUGACAUAGGCGCCUGAGUAAGUACUGAUGAGAUCAUUGACUUGAUGAAAUCUCCCUAUUAAUUUGUCAAAUUAUUCAGUGUUGGACAUAAUAAGUAAAACAAAUAAUGGGAAUAAUAAAUGAAGUGUUUCAAUAUGGAUUGUGUAGAUUGUAGUAUUAUUAUAACAGUCAGAAACUUUUCUUAUCCA